CACCACAGCAGCAACAUCGAGGUCCUCAGCAGCAGCAUCAGACGGCCAGUUUUGCCCCAAAGUUCCUCAGCCUGCGUGGCACGUGGCAUCUAUCAGCGCCUCUGGCUGAAUAAAAAGAAAUCCCAGCCAUAAAAAGUAAAUCACUUCGGCGCCAACCAGUACCAGUCAUCAUGGCUCACUCUAAGGUGAUCCUAAAGAUCCUGUUUUCGCUGUGCGUCUGGUCCUUCGUCAUCAUAGGACUGUUCAAGAUGCACGGUACGAAUCUGGUGCCGCAGGAGUACCAGCAGGUGCCACUCAACGGACGCAUCCUGCUGCAGAAAGACAUUCGCUAUGCGGAGACCACCUCCACGACCACGGAUCACUUCGAUCCCAGCGAGAUACUGGUGGACAAUCGAACAGCCAUGGACGACGACCAGUUGGUCAGAGACGUGGAGUCCCGCAUCCCCUCUCUGCCGAUCGCCUAUUGGAGCAAGAAUAAGAACUUCCUGCAGCAGAAGUCGUCGACCUGCGCGAAGUACCCCUCCAUUUUCGAGCUGGAGUUCAACAACAUCUACUGGCAGACGCUGCGCACGUCGAAUGGAACGUUCCAGCUUUUUGGGGCUUAUUACGACAUCCGCCGCACCUCGUUGCUGGGGCCCACUGUGCGGAUCCUUGGAAUGAUCGAUAGGAUUGAGCCCAAGGUGAAGACCUACUGCCAGUUCUGGUUUGACGGCCAAAAGGAGCCGUUCAUCGUAAAAACGUUUGAGUACAAGUACAUCUGGUACAACAAGUGGGGCAACUACAAGCAGGGCAUCUACCAGCCCUAUCUGAUCGCCUGCCAGAUUCCCAAGCCCUUCCACGGCGUGGUGCCCAGCUCCGUGUCGAUGGUGGAGAAAGAGUGCGAUACGGCCACAAACAAUCUGCGGGUCAUCUACAACCGACCGCCGGAUGACCAGAAGAAGGGAUUUGCUGUGUGCGUCAAGGGAUUGGACUUCCUCUACGACGACCUGAGUGUACGGCUGAUCGAGUGGAUCGAAAUGCUCAAUAUCCUUGGGGCUGACAAAAUCUACUUCUACAAUCUUCAGGUCCAUCCCAACAUCACCAAAGUGCUCAAUCACUACGAACAGGAGGGCAAGGUCCAAGUGAUCCCGCUGACACUGCCCGGUGGCCAGCCAAAUGUGCCCGGAUUCCAGCACCUUUACCUAACCAAAAAGACGAACCACAAGCGCCAAAACGAGGUUAUUCCGUACAACGACUGCCUGUACAAAAAUCUCUAUCUGUACGACUACAUCGCACUGCUGGACAUUGACGAGGUGAUCAUGCCCAAGGGCGGAGCGGUUUUAUGGUCCGAGUUGAUGGACAAAGUGCGUCCAGAGUCGCGCAAAAUCAAGCCGGACGGAUUCCACAGCUACAACUUCCGCAACGUGUACUUCUUGGACGACCAGCAGCACGAACACGGCUGGCACAAGGACAUACCCAAGUACAUGCACAUGCUGCAGCACGUCCAUCGUGCUAAGAACUACACCAAGCCGAAUCAGUAUGUGAAAUGCUUCCACGAUCCGGAGCGCGUGCUCACCCUCCACAAUCACUUUCCACUGAGCUGCCUGGGCGGCGUCUGCAAGUCGUAUCCUGUGGACACCAAGGACGCCCAGCUGCAGCACUAUCGGGCGGACUGCGUAAAGACGCUGAAGAAGAGCUGUGAGGAGUACCGGGAGCACUCAGUCGAGGACAAAACCAUUUGGAAAUACAAGGACGAGCUAAUCCGACGCACUAUUAAGGCGCUGGACACCCUUGGCUUCUUCCGCCGCCAGGGUUUGAAUUCCGCUUCCGGUUCGGGGAGCAGCAGCAGCGGAUUGGGCGGUGGGACCACCACCCACUCCACGGAGCGGUGAUUUACACUUCUCGGGGGCGGAGGAGGCGGAUGGUCCUGGCCCUGGCAACUGGUUGAAGCAUCGGGCAGCAACAUUGGCAACGAGGAGUUCUUCGUGUGAGGAGGUCAGCGAAUGCCGUGCGUUUCACAAUCCGAAUCCGUACCGGACUCCGAUCCCGAAACGGAGAACCCAGAACCCGUCCUCUAAUCCCUGAGUCUCUGUUGCGCAGAGGAUCACUCGUCUCUGAGUUUAGUUACUAUAUAUGUCCAGAGUUCCCAUCCAAACCCCAUACGUAGCGAGGCACUGUUUUUGAUUGCAAUUCGAUGGCAUUUGUAGUUUGAUUUUAGAGCGUUGUUAAAUACUACUCAUCUGAGUAAUACAUGUAAAGUUAAUAAUGCUUUUAUAAUGUUUGUAAUAUCCCAUUGAGUUUUGUCCCUUGUAAAGAUCUUUCGUCAGACAGAAUGCAUCGAAAUCUAAGACAGAAGCAGAGCUUACUAGUGUAUGGCUAGUGUAUAGAAGAGGCGUUAGUUAGUCGCGGAGUGGGAGAGAAAUCUUUUGAAAUUGUGCCUUCGAACCUGGAUUGUAGUCAGUCCCGUCCCGACCCGACCCGAAUGACCCGUCCCGUCCUUCCCUACAAUCCCUUCCAUAUAUCCCAAUUUAACACUUCCAUUCGCAAAAAAAAGACACAAGGUCACAACUUUUCAAAAAAUGAGACCCAUCAUAACAUUUGCUUGAGUUAACAACAGAAAGAGAGUCGAGGAUGAGGGGCAAAAGUGAAGGAAACCUAAACUAAGUUCAAGACUGAUGAUGUUUAUUAAGAAUUAUAAAAACGAAAGAGAGGAAAUUUCAAGCGAAUUUUUGUUUUCACAUUUGGAUAGAAUCGAUAUUAUUGUUGUUGUAUAGGCAAGUAAAUGCCCCCCUAAAAAUCGCAAGCGAAAUAUAUCACUAAUGCUAAGCAAAAGACAAAGCAAAUUGAUCAAGUUUGAGUUGUAAACUGUAAAUAGGAAAAUUGUUAACGAAGAGGACAAGGACCUAAGGAUAAAACGAACUAUAUGCGGAUUAGACCGAUGUAAAUCGGACAAACUAGCAGGAUAUUGAAGAAGAGAGGACGAGGAUUAGAGAAGCUGCUCAACCCAAUCCUUAAAUGGUGUUUAUUACCGAUCGACCAUCAUACCCAAUAUUCAUAUGUUUUUUAACUUGUACAUACACAUACACAUACACUCGCACACACACACACACACACACACACAAAUGUCAAAUAAACGAAUUAAAAAACACACACACUCACUUACAUAACACAGCACAGCACACAAAUACACCACGCACUUUUCCUUAUGUAGUCUAUUUUAAUUUUUUAUAGCAGCUUAGUCAAAUUGUUGUUGGAGCUAGAAAGAGUCGUGUACAGUUGGGGCAAUUCGGUUUGCCUGCCAAAACUAUUCGAUAGUUUUACGACUACACAUAAACGAACACAAAUACAUAUACAUAUACAGAUACAGAUUUACAGAUAUAGACAUACUUCAGUGUAUUAAUGUUAGUUGCUAGCUGAUAAGGACAACCCGUGUGAAGGAAACCCAAUUUUCUUUCCUCAUUUUUUUUUUGAGUAGCUAAUAAACUACAACUGAUAUGAGAACAAAGUGAUUGAAGAAUAAAUUAAAAAAAAAAAACAUG